AUGCUCUAUUGCCCUGAAUUUGCAGCUGCAAUCCAGGUUCCAGAGGAGCCUCAAAGUUUUAUCAUCACCUCAGGUCACCCACUCUUCAUCCUCAUCCACAUAACCUUGCCCAUUCUCGCCACCUCAUCUCUCACAAAUGAAAAAGCCCUCUCCUGUCAGCCCCAUCAGACCACCCCCUUUGAUUAUCACUCCGUUCCCAUUGCCGGGUCUGCACACCACCUUGACAAGGCCACACUCCAACUGUACUGGGAGUAUGGCUUUUGCAGCCUUCAAAUUGAGUUCCAUGGUGCCAAGAUCUUUACACUGCUGUGGCUUGCUGUCUGGUGGUACAACUUUGUUCAUGCAGGGAAAGCUAAGGGGAGGUGGGUGAGCACAUGGGAUUGGGCAACCACAAACAUCCUCUCUCAGCUGUUCUCCUCAAAUUUUGCCCACAUUCCACCUGCCAUCAAGAGGUUCUUCAGGACAACUGGGUGGGGUUUGCAUGUUGGUGGCAUCCAAGUUGCUGAUUUGGCUGACCUCUUCUCCAAUAGGCUCAAACGGGGGUGCUCUCAAUUGGCAACUCUCUUGAUGCACAGCCCCAGGGAGGUCAUCUCAUUUUCCACCAUCAAUGGCUUUCACUGCUUCACUGAGAAGCUUGGUGUUCCCCUUCAAGCUUGCAUCAAGGUAUUCAACCACUCCCUCCAAGACAACAGUUUCUUGUGUGGAGUUGUUAUGCUCAACACAAUUGAGCAGGCACCUUUGCAGAUGUAUGUCCGUGGUUGCCAGACACCAAGGUCUUUGAACAUGUCGAGUAUGGGCUGUUCUUUGCCCAACAUCAUUCUGAACCGCCACAGGGGUGCUCCUUCCCUCCUGGUUGCCCCUGCUUUUGCUCUUUCUUCUCUUGCAUCUCCUGCCCCUGCCCCUGCCCCUUUGUUCUUUGUAUCUCCUGUCCCUGCCAGCACUCCUGCUGCAUCUCUGGCCUCUACACCUUUUCACAUCAACAACAUCAAUGAUAUCCCCAAUUUCACCAACAUUGCCAUGGACAUUGAUGUCAGCAUCAACCUUGAUGAUGAUGAUGACAUGCCAUCAUUAAUGACACACUCUAACUUGUCAGACUCGGACUCAGGCAGCGACUAUGACAAUGAUGAUCAUCCCUGCUCUAUCAAACCACUCGUUUCUCAUGAGAUCUUUAUAUCUCUCUUGCAAACCCAGCUCAACAUGUUCUUCCCAGCACUUACUUACACGCAGGCUGAGGCUGAUUGA